AUGUAUGAACAUUUGGGAGGUGUGGUGCCCAUGGUCCACCUCAUACCACCCUCUCGUCCCUUUCCCGUUUUUCCUCGCGUCCGCCUUGUGUCCCGCCCUCCGUUUUCUCUCGUUAGAUCAGUCGUGGGGUGUUUUCUGUCCUGUGAAGUGUCGUUACAAGGGUGUGCAGACGUUUGGCCCACUCAGAAACGGUGUAUAAACUUCGUAAAAGUGACGCAGUUGGUGGGCGGCGACCCGGUGGAGUUCGAGCAGGCGGAGUACGAGGUGACGGUGCCGGAGAACACGCUCGCUGACCACCUUCUUCGGCUCUCCGCGAGGGUGGUGACAGGCGGCGCGGCGGUUCGGUACAGCAUCAGGGAAGGUAACGAGGAGGGUCUUUUUUACCUGCACCCCGCCUCGGGAAGCCUCGCCCUCAGGCAGCCCCUUGACUAUGAGUUCAGGCAGCAGUACGAGCUGGUGGUGGAGGCGGCGGCGGGCGAGGCGCGGGGCGAGGCUCGGGUGUUGGUUCGGGUUGACGACCGGAACGACCACGCGCCGGUGUUCCUGAGGGCGUUGCACGAGACCCAGAUCACGGAGGAGGAUAACAGACACCUGCCCAAAGUUAUCCUGAAGCACGUGACGGCGGUGGACGGGGAUGCUGGUCGGUUCGGCAGCCUCAUCUACAGUAUCUCCGGGGACGGCAUCUUCAGCAAUGGGUCGCGGCCUUGCUUCUCGCUCGACGCUGCCUCCGGGACUGUGCUGCUUCUGAGGCCCCUGGACCGCGAUCCCCCCCACGGACGGCCACAGUGGCGCCUCCGGGUGACGGCCACGGACGGGGAGCUUGAGGCGCACACCGACGUCCGUGUUAACCUCAAGGACGCCAACGACAAUGCGCCCUUCUUCCCCUCGCGCACGACCGUCGCCGCCGUGCCCGAGAACAUCCCCGUCGGCACCUCCGUCACGCGGGUCGAGGCCACGGACUACGACGACCCCGAUGAAGGAGACAACGCCAAGGUCACGUUUUCGCUGGAGAAGAACGCGAUCGACGAGUCCACCGGCAGGUCCAUUUUUGAGAUCGACAGUGAGCUCGGCGUCAUCAGCACGGCGCUCUGCUGCCUCGACCGGGAGAAGACGCAGCGCUACGUUCUUCAGGUGGUGGCUACUGACGGCGGUGGGCUGAAGGGCACAGGCACGGUCGUAGUGGACGUGGACGAUGAGAACGACGUGUCUCCGAGGUUCUCAAGGUCGGAGUGGACGCUGGACGUGCCUGAGAGCCUCGAGCCGGACCAGGUCUUGGCCACCCUGACUGUCGUGGACCCUGACGCCACCAACGACUUUGCCUUCAGGGUGGUGCCGGGCAGCGGGCGGGGUUGGCAGAUGUUCCGUGUGGAGGGCGUGCCGGGGGCGCUGCCUGCCGGGAACCUGGUGUCCGUGGAGCCGCUGGACUACGAGGACCCGGACCACCGCCAGGGCUUCACCUUCAGGGUACAGGUGACCGACAGGGGUGAGGAUGGCUGGGGGCGGAAGGAGCACGUGGCGGAGGCGUGGGUGAAGCUGAGCCUGGCGGACGAGAACGAUAACGACCCCGUGUUUAGCGAGGACGCAGCAAGUCUAUCCCUUCCUGAAGACACCCCGCGCGGCGCCCUCCUCGCUUCCUUCACCGCCCUCGACCCGGAUAGAGGCGGGCAGAGUCGCGUGCAGUACCAAGUGGCUCCCUCUAGUGACCCCGCCCGCCUGUUUGCCGUGGACGAGAGCGGGGCGGUGCGUCUUGUGGGAGAACUCGACAGGGAGGCCGCGGACACUCACAACGUGCUGGUGUUGGCGGUGGAUGACGGAACGCCGCCCAGAACAGCCACCGCCACCCUCGCUAUCAACGUGACAGACGUGAACGACAACCCGCCGUUCCUGGCGGAGCCCCGCGAGGUGCAGGUGACGGAGAACAGUGAGGCGCAGCAGGUGGCGCAGGUCAGGCUGGGCGACCCCGACGACUGGCGGCAGGGCCACGGGCCGCCCUUCACCAUCGCCCUGGACCCCCGCGCGCCGCCCCACGUCGCCGAGAGCGUCAGGGUCACGCUGGACACCCGCGGGGACGACGGGCGCGGCGUGGGCGUGGUGUGGACGCGGGCGGCGCUGGACCGCGAGGAGCGCCCCGCCCUGCUGGUGCCGCUGGUGGUGGGCGACGCCGGCUGGCCGUCCCUCAGCGCCACCGUCACCCUCACGCUGCACGUUGCCGACAUCAACGACAACCCCAUGGCGCCCGCCGCCAAGACGGUCACCGUGCACACGCUGCAGCGCCAGGGGUCGGCGGUGCCCCUGGGGCGGGUGUACGUGCAGGACCCCGACGACUGGGACGCCGCGGACAAGACCUACGCCUGGCAGGACCCUCAGGCGGGCUUCUUCCUCGACACCACCAGCGGCCACCUCACCAUGGCGCCCUCCACGCCGGACGGCAGGUAUGAGCUCAGGUUCGUGGUGAGCGACAGCAGCCAGGGACAGGAGGGCGUGGAGGCGAAUGUGACGGUGCGAGUCAUGCUUUUGUCCCGCGACGAGGUGGUCCACGCUACGCCCGUCACGCUAGCCGUCCCCAGUCACAGCGUGGUGCGGCGAGAGAGAGAGAGCGGAGUUUCGCUGCUAAACCGCUUGGUGUCCGCCGUGGCCUCGCGUGUGGGCGGGGCUGACGGGGCGGUGCGCGUGGUCACUGUACAGCCGCUCACAGAGAACGGGAUGCCGGCCACGCGCGUCUGGCUGUCCGCCGUGGGAAUCGCUAAUUUCGACUACAUCCUGCUGUAUCACAUGAGAGAGCUGAGCGAGUCGCUGGGCGUCAAGGUGCAGGUGGGCGUGGUCACGUGCCGUGAAGACCCCGCCCCGGAGGCCGUGGCAGAGGAGCGGUGUGUGGGCGGCUGCUGGGUGGGCCUAGCCGACGACUUCACUGUGGUGGAAGCCGACUCCUCGGCGGUGGUGGGGCCGCGGGUGGUAGUGCGGGGCUCCUGUGGCUGCCCCGCCACCGCCACCACCACCACGCCUGCCCGGGCCCGCCCCUGCACCCCUGAGACCUGCUUCAACGGCGGCAGGUGCCUCAGCACCUCCUCGGGAACUCGGUGCAUCUGUCCUCACGGCACGUGGGGCUUCCGUUGCAAGGUGCUCGCCAGACACUUCGAGGGCGGCGGCGGCGGGCAUAAGGGCAGCGGAGCCGAGGGUGCGUGGGCGUGGGUGCCGCCAAUCCCGCCGUGCGCCGAGGUGCACGUGAGCCUGGAGGUGCUGAGCACGGCGGGGGCGGCGGCGCUGCUCUACGCGGGUCCAGAGCAGCAGGGCGCCGAGCAGGGGCCGGGCCGGGGCCGCCGCGACCUGCUGCUGCUGGAGCUGCGUCAGGGGCGGCCGGUGCUGCUGCUGGACCUGGGCGGCGGCCCCGUCACGCUCGCCCUCAACUCCUCCGCCUCGCUGGCCGACGACACGUGGCACAGGAUAGACCUCAUCUGGAAGGACGAGCUGGUGGAGAUGAUCGUGGACCUGUGUCUGGGGGGCCGCUGGGACGAGCCGCCGCCCACGCCUCCUCCCACCGCCACCAACACCUCGUUCACGCCCGUCCUGCCUGAAACGCACUCCUGCCGGGCCGUCACGAGGCUGCCUAGGGGCGACCGAGUCCUCAACGCCGGCGGGGUGCUGCAGGUGGGCGGGCUGGUGCACCCCCUGCCUGCCUUUACUGGGGGCGGAGGGCCACAGCCACGCCCCCCACACUUCCGCGGCUGCAUCAGGAACCUCAGAGUCAACGGCGAGCUGACGGACUUGGGCAGCAGCGUCCUGGGCCGCGGCAGCACGCCGGGCUGCCCCGCGGCGGACUGCCGCGCCCACCACGUCCCGUGUGGCCUCCACGGCAGGUGUCGCGGGUCGCCGGGGUCGCUGCGGUGCGAGUGUCAGCCGGGGUGGGGCGGGUCGGGCUGCGCCUCGCCCACCACGCCCGCCGCCUUCCUGCCCAACAGCUACGUCAAGCUGGCGCUCUCCUUCUCGCCGCUGGCCUACACCACCUCCAUCAGCCUCAGGUUCCGCACGCUGAGGCGGCGCGGCGAGCUGGUAGUGUUGUCGUCCCAGCACGGGCGGGACAGCUGGUCCGUGCAGCUGGUGGGCGGCCGCCUGUGCGCGGUGCUGCACCUCCACCCGCGGCCCCCGGCCUCGCUCUGCCUGUCGCGCGCCGCCCUCACCGACGGCCGAUGGCACGCCCUCGCCGCCACCAGGUACGGCUCGGCGAUCAUCCUGACGGCGGACGACGGGGACGGUGACCUGUACAACGCCUCGCUGCUGCUGCUGGAGGGGCGGCAGCUGCUGGAAGUGGACAAGCAGGAGGGCGUCUACGUGGGCGGGUCUCCACACUUCCACAGCGCGGGGCUUCUCAGGAUCCACAGCGAUUAUUUCGACGGCUGCAUCGACGACCUGCGCAUCGCGGGCCGCAGCGCUCCGCUGCCCCCCGCGGUGAACAGCACGCCCUGGGGCCAGGCCAGCGCCUUCAGGGGCGUGGAGCAAGGCUGCGGCGCCCCGUCCGCCUGCACCAACGUGACCUGCAGACGACCGCUCUCCUGCAUCGACACCUGGAGGUCCUACCACUGCGGGUGUGGUGAGGGCCGCGUACUGGGACGGAGUCGCGCGGCGUGUGAGGACGAGGACGAGUGUGCGUGGCGGCCGUGCCUCAGCGGCGGCUCCUGCCUCAACACCCAGCCAGGCUACGUGUGCUCCUGCCCUGCGGGGUUCAAGGGGCAGCACUGCCAGCUGCCCGAGGUGGGCCACACGUCCAUCCAGCUGCCCGUGGGCGUCCUGGUGACGAUAGCCGUGUGGUGCGUCUUCCUUCUCUUGGUGCUAUGCGCUGUCCUGUUGCAUCGUCGGGCCGCGUUGCGCAGAAGUUUUGCGGACGCCAAGGAUAUCACGUCGGGCUGCAAGGGUGAGCCUCUCCCGCCGCACAGCCAGACGUCCAGCAUCAUGGAGCUGCAGCUGCUGAAGCCUCCCCCGGCCAACGGCCAGCCAGCCUGGACCAGGAACCCCAACAUAGCAGAUGUGGACGUGCUGCGCGUGGACGCCAUCACGCCGGCCAGCAGCGGCGAGGAGGCGGGAGAGGGCGGCGUCAGUCGUGGGUGCUCGCCGCAGCAGCGGGUGGGCAGGAGAGGCAGCAGGGGCGGCCCAGGGAGCACGCCGCCCGCCAGGGAUGACCUCAGGAACUAUGCUUACGAGGGCGACGGCUCUUCCCCGGGGUCGCUUUCCUCCUGCGAGUGUGUGACGAAGGACAGGCUCCGCGGCGGCUUCCUGAAGGGGCGCGACAAAGGCCUGACGCAAGUUUGAUGGACAGCGUCGGGUCGUUAUGCAGUGCAGGGAGGCUUCGGCGAAGAACGAGUCGCGUUACCUAACAUUUUAUACAUUUAUUUUUGCAAAAAGAGUAAAGUUUUAAUAAAAAUUAUCGG